AGGGUCGCGCGCGCCAUGAGGGACUCCCAGCCACGCAGCCGCCGCGCGCCGCCGCAGCCGCCCCGGCCGGACGACCUGCCGGACCCUCCACCGCCGCCGGCCAGGGAGAACCUCAUGGUUGCGGUGCGAGUUCGGCCGCUGCAGCCGGGGGAAACAGGCCGGGUCCUGCACGUCGUCGACGAUACGACGGUGGUGCUGGAGGACGCGCAGAGCGGCCAGCCGCGGCAGUCGCAGCCGCAGUCGCAGGCGCAGGGCGCGGCGGAGCGCGGCUACACGUUCGACCGCGUGCUGGGCGAGCAGGCGACGCAGCAGCACGUGUUCGAGGCGACGGUGGCGCCGCUGGUGGGCGACGUGCUGCGCGGCUACCACGCCGCCGUGUUCGCGUACGGCGCCACCGGCUCCGGCAAGACGCACACCAUGCUGGGCCGGCCGGCCAGCCCCGGCAUCAUGGUGCGCGCGCUCGACCAGCUCUUCCAGGGCGUCGCCAGGGACCCCGCCUACUCCGUGUCGCUGUCGUACCUGGAGAUCUACAAUGAGAACAUCCGUGACCUGUUGUCGCCCGGUUCUGGCUGCCUUGAGCUGCGGGUGGACACCAGAGGUGCUGUGCAGGUGGCAGGGCUCACGCAGGUCGCCGCCGCCUCCACCGAUGAGGUGAUGUCGCUGCUGCAGCAAGGGAACCGAGAGCGCACCGUGGAGCCGACCGCGGCCAACCAGACGUCUUCGCGGUCCCACGCACUGCUCAGCGUCUCCGUGACGCACUCGGCGGACGCCGGGCACCGCCACAGGCUGCGCAGGGGGCGGCUCUUCAUGGUCGACUUGGCUGGCUCCGAGCGCGCCUCCAACACGCAGAACCGUGGGCGGCGCCUGGCGGAGGGCGCGCACAUCAACCGGUCGCUGCUGGCGCUGGGGAACGUGAUCAGCGCGCUGGCGGCGGGCCGCGGCCGCUACGUCAACUUCCGCGACUCCAAGCUGACGCGGCUGCUCAAGGACGCGCUCAGCGGCAGCUGCCGCACCGUGAUGCUGGCGCACGUCAGCCCGGCCGCGCGGCACCGCGACGAGACGCGCCAGACGCUGCUCUACGCCCAGCGCGCGCGCCGCAUCUCCAACAAGGUGGAGCGCAACGAGCUGGAGGUGUCGUACCACGUGUCGCAGUACCGCGCGGUGAUCGCGGAGCUCCGCGAAGAGGUGGAGCGCCUGCGCAACAAGCUGGAGGCGCAGCCGGCCGCCGAGCAGCACCCGCACCAGGACGAGCAGGAGCGCCGCCGCGCCGCCAGCCUCCGGGACGACAUCGUCGCCACCUUCCAGCAGCAGAUGGCGCUCAGUUUCGGGUGCCACGUCAAAAUUCUCAAAACGUUUUUCUACAGGCGGCGGCUGAUGGUAUUGGACGGGCGGCUGCUGGCGCUGGGAGCGGACGCCGACCAGCAGAGGGCGCUCAUCUCGCAGUGGGACAGCCGGCUGUACCGCGGGCCAGCCAGGGCUUCCCAGCGCAGGGGCUCAGCGGACACGAGCGCGAGCGGCAGCGGUGGCUGGUCGGACGGGGAGGGCGAGGUCGGCGGCGCGGGCGGCGUGCUGCAGCAGGCGUGGGCGGAGCUGGCCGAGCUGCAGCGCCAGCAGGAGCACUACCGAGAGCUGCGCGCCGAGACGCAGCGCCAGCUCGACCAAGUCCGCCAGCACGGCGAGCAGCUCGAGAACGAACUGCCAGGCUCGGGCGAGGAGCGAGAGCUUCUGGCGCUGCUGUGCCGCGUGCACGAGCUGGAGGCAGACAAGAUGGCGCUGCAGGGUGAGCGGCUGGUGCGCCAGUACGAGCUUCAGCGCCGGGAUGCCCUGCUGCAGCGCUAUGACAGACAGCGGCAGCUCUGUGAGGCCAUCAUCACGCGACAGAGGCAGCUCAUGCAGGAAGGUAGUGUCAGCAUACCACCUGAUUUACUGGAACUGUAUAAACAAUACCAGAGGGAGAUCCAUGCUACAUCCUAUGCAACUGAUAUGCCUCUAUUACCACAGACGGGGGACCCAUAUGGGAAUGGAAAUGACAAAGAUGAGAAGGACAGGCUUCCUCCUAUAAAUCAACAGUCUGAGGAACCAUUAUUCCAUAGAUCACAAAGGUUCUCCAUGGAACCAGAUGCCUGGCCACAUAGAGCUGACAGUGAGAUGAGUGUUCUUUCUCCUAGCAGCUCUGCUGGGUCUGAUGGGAGUCUUUCUUCUUUGCCACCCAUCACAGCACCACCAGUAGGGGGACGCUUUGCAGGCUCCCCACCAUCUGCUGUGCUCUUCCCACCAAUAAACACAAAUCCACCUCAGCCUCACAGGAUGGCUCAGACACCUGGUCCAACAGAAAUGGUGCCAUCAUCACGUCUGCCACGUCCUCUACCUCGAAAUGAAGUAAGUGGUCUGAGGAGGAGUGCAAGUCAGAAUAAUUUAUCUUCUGCAAGACAGAUGAAUAGAGACACCCUGUGGCCUGAUGAAUAGAAGAUAUCUUGAAGAAUCUUAAUUUGAUAUAUAAAAUGAUGGUUAACAACAUGAAAACAUUGUAAUGUGAUAUGAUAGAUUGUCUUAACAAAAGCUGUGGUGUUAAGAUGCUAGCAAGUGUAAAUAAUCAGAGAGGAAAUUGAAAAUAAGAUCAAUAUUUGGGGUUACCUAUUACUGCUCAAAUGGCAGUGUCCUACUAUUAGAGAAAAGAUAUGUCACUAGAAGGAAUAAACAUAAAUACUGAAGCAGGCUGUGAUCUAAAGUGCAAUCUGCUGUACAACUGCUAAGUACUUUUGUAAACUCACCUCUGUGAUGAAUGCUAAUUUUCAUGUUAUCUAUAUUUUUAACUCAUGACCACAAGCAUAUACAACUUUCAUAAGGUUUUCCAUAUAUUGAGUAUUGUGUAAUUUAGAGAAGAAUUUGUCAUUGUUGAAACAGUUGGCUGUAAUCAUUUUUGUAACAGGAUAUGUGAAAUAGUACAGAGUCGUAAUAACAAUUAAAUUCUGAACAGUUUACAGACAUACAUUAUAAAUUUUGUUACAAAGAUAUUAGAUGUUUGUACAAGAAUAGUACUCUACAAAGGCCUAAGGUAUUGAUAUAGAGGAGGAACCAUAUAUAAGUUUAGACUCCAGUGUUUAACAUGAAAGGAAAACUUGUAUUCUGUGUGACAAGCCUAGAAAUACAAAGAAAUAAA